CAGUUGCUUUGGUUCUUUCUCACUUGCAGAUCUGCUAAAGAUGCCGAAACAUGUCAAUAAAAGAAAAACUAUGGUUUUUUCUUUGCCUCAGAAUCUGUUGCUGAAGGACAUUCUAGUCUUGAACUGCAAGACAAUGCCUCAGCUCUAAUAGCUCACUAAAUUCAGCUAUCUGCCAUACAGCUUUGUUUGCAAUAAUAUUUAUCUAGAAGCUGUGGUAACCGAGUCGCUGGAAGAAGUUUGGACAAGGGUAAUGACUCAAAUUUACAAUAAAGAUAAGCUAUGUGAUCAGAUAAGGGAUGCUGUUCUAGAUGCUCAUCUCAGAACUGAUCCAGAUGCUAAGGUUGCCUGUGGUCGCCUCAGAGGUGGAAGGAGUCAAGGCCGUGGUUCGAGCACCACAGCACCAGCAGAAGAACCUCCUCUGGCUCGCUCUCUUCCUCCAGAGGCUAAAGAGGAGGCAAAGGACAACUUACCUGCACGUGCUGUCAGUCCAGGGCCGGAGCAUCUGGAACCAGCCCCAGCAGGAGAGAUUCUUGCCAGUCAGGACUGCUGGGCCCAGGCAGGAGAGGCGGAGCAGCAGGAGAGCAUGGAUAGAGUGUGCGAAGCCCGGGAUUUCAGAUGGGAGCAGUUGUCUGCCCUUGAGAGAAAGCACCACUCCUCGCUAGCCCGGGCCUUUGAAACGUCAGCAGAGACAGCGGAGGAAUUGCAGCCUCACAGGGAUCUGCUGAAGGAAGAGGUUCCUCUGGCGGUGCCAAAGGUUUGCCGCCCACAGGGGCCAUCCCCCAGGGUUCUGGAGAGGCUGCUCCAGGAGUCCUCUCGCCAAGGGGACACGCUGUCCCAGGUGUGCAGAGAGGAAACGGUGCUGGCACAAGAGAAGGCUGCCCUGGAAGCCCAGCUGCCAGGCACGGAGCGGAAGCUACGAGGCCUUUCCAAGCAGCUGGUAGAGACCAGGUAAAGGCAGGGAGGAGAAUCUGGAUGAGGCAUUAUUGAAGGUCUG